AUGCGACCUGAUGGAACCAGAUUGCACAACCAGGCGCAAGAGCAUCUCAGAAAUAAUGAUAUCAAUACAGACGACGGCGACGUGAUACAUCAACACGAAAAUGACGAGGGCGCCGGGAUCCGUGAACAUGAUCAAGCUUCGGCGGAGUGUCCACCAAACGGAAAGAGCACACGAAAGAAGAAGACACGGAAGCACCUCACUCAGGCCGACCAAAAUACGCGGUGCUUACCUGUUCUCCACCUGAUCGUCAUUGGCAUCACACUGGGCCUCGUGCUCACCGGCCAUGACGUAUUUCCGGCCGUGUUCGAUUCACUUCCGCUAUAUAUCUACAACAGCGACCGCCUCAAGGAGUUGUCAUGGAAAUCAAGACAGACGUACGAAAGAUUCGUAUUUCGGCCUGUUUACGGACUGUCUUUCAACACAGGUUACAGAGGACGCCUUAAAGACGCGUUCGAGGUCAUAUUCGAGGAUCCAAAUGGAAAUGUAUUAACCAAGGAUCAUCUUGAGCGGAUCCACCACGCCGAGGAGCGUUUGUUCAAUAUUGAACGAUACCAAGAGCAUUUCUGCCUUUGGGACAUUAAUUACAACUACGGGCGUUACGGCACGGAAGAAGACGUCAACAUGUUUUUGUCUGAUUUCUUGAAACCAGAAACGGAGAAAGUUCGCGAUUUCACACUUAUUGGUAUUCUGGAUUUGUAUUACAUCAGCAAGCUUCUGUACGAACAUGACCUGGUUCAACAAGCGCUCAUAGACAUUAAACUUGCCAUAGGGAGCUUCCUGUUUAUCUUCGUGUUCAUGGCGAUACAAACGGGAUCCAUUAUUGUGACGUCGCUAGGAAUUCUCAGUAUAUUGUCCAGUUUUGUUUGCACAAAUCUGUUAUACCGAUAUGCGAUGCAGUAUACGUACUUCGGAUACUUCCACAUAAUGUCGAUCUUUCUUAUUCUUGGCAUCGGUACAGACGACCUGUUCGUGUUCUACGACACCUGGCGGUUGACAGGACACACCGAGUACCCGGAUGAUUCUUACCGACUUUCCGACUGUUACCGCAAAGCGGCCAAAACGACUUUUGUAAGCUCAUUUACGACAGUUAUCGCUUUCCUUGUUAGCGGUCUGUCGCCUUUGCUUCCCGUGCAAACAUUCGGAAUAUUCACGGCCAUUUUAGUUGCAUUUAACUAUGUCUGGGUGGUCGUUUACUUCCCUACAGUCAUAAUGCUCCAUCACACCAAGACCAAAUUUAUUUGGCUCAAAUUAACAGCAGUUGUUGCCAACACGUUCUGCGGUGCAAAACGCAAACUCUCUGACGAUAUAAGACGACACAGUCUUGCGAUUUCUGAUUCUUUGGAAACGGAAAGCAUCGAUGAAACAAGUAGUUCCAAAGACCUGAUACCACCUUCCAGUGAUGAUUCACGACGUUCAAUACUAAACAACAAAUCAAGACACCAGAAAAUCACCCCUAGAACGAAAAAGAAUUUCGAGGACCGAAAUAAAGUUGUCUUAUUUCUUCGGAACGGAUUUUUCGACUUCAUGACGAAGCGAGCGGUGAAGGUCUUGUGUCCCUUAUUGUUCCUUGGCGUUGGUAUAUUCUUCAUUUAUCAGGCGACUCUGAUAGAACCCGAUGCUGAACAGGUUCGCAUAUUUCGGCCUACGCACAAUUACGCAAAGGCGUACAAUCGCCACUACAGCGCAUUCAAACGUAACCGAGAUGACGAGUAUCAGAGGCUCUACCUGGUCUGGGGAAUGGAUGAGGCGGAUAUCCGGGACUGCGACCGGAAGUCGGGCGAGUACUGUUUUGGAAAGCCCACCUGGGAUGAUCAGUUUGACAUGAACACACCGGAGUCGCAGCUGGCAUUCAAGAACCUCUGCGAGCGCAUGGAGAACAUGGACUCGGAAAUGCUCGGUAAACUCCGGAUCCAAAGUGAUUCGGCCACAGGAAAACCCAGAAUUCACUGCUUCGCUAAAGAUUUCGACAACUACUUUAAGAAACUGUUGUCCACAUACUACGCCGCCAAUUUGGACGUCUCACUUCCGGUCAACGAGGGAAACAUAUCAAAUCUGAUGAGCUUCGUUCCCUAUGUGUACAACCAGGGGCUCCCCGGCGGCUUCAAGAACUUCUUUGAGAUCGCGAGCAUGUUUUGGUUGACCAAUGGUUACACUAUGAAUCCCACCGCGGACUACAUGAAGUACAACUUUCUCCUUGCCGACGAAAUCAUUCCCGGCGUUACCAAGGACGCGUAUUAUUCGCAAUCGGGACUAUACUACGGGACAAAAACGAAAUUCCUGGCCAUCGAGAUCAACACGACCAUGAACGUGUUCAACCUGGGCCACACGGAAGGGUCUGCCCAGACACUCUGGCAUUGGCUCGCAGUACAAAAGACACUCUCUGACUCUGCAAUUUCCGGAAUUAUUGUGGGAUUAUUGACUACGUGGCCUAUACUUAUUUUGACGACUAUGAACGUUGUCAUCGGCACCAUCGCUUGCAUCAUUAUCGGCCUAGUUACCGCGUGUGUCGUUGGAAUCAUACCCCUGGUGGGGUGGAAGUUAGGGGUUCUGGAGUCCAUUAACCUUAGUAUGAUAGUCGGCCUUGCGGUAGAUCAUAUCGUGCACUUGGCCGAGGCGUACCAGGCUUGCCCCAGCCCCCGACGGGCCGACAGAGUUCGCUACAUGCUCGAGUCAAUAGGUCUAUCCGUGCUGUCAGGGGCAGCGACAACGCUAGGGGCCGCCGUGUUCAUGUUAGGGGCGCAGAUUCAGUUUUUCUUCCAGUUCGGGAUUUUCAUUAUAACCAUCAUCGGGUUAGCUUUGGUGUUUUCCAUGCUCGGAUUUACAGCGCUCUUGUCACUUUGUGGACCGGAAGGAAAUACGGGCUACAUACCCGCCAUGUGUAAAUGGCUAGUCAAAAAAUGUGCAAGAAAAAACCCAACGAACCAACGUGACCCCGAUGAGAAUAAGAAACCCUCAAACCCAAAUGCCUUACCGGGCAUUGCUAUAUGA